AUGUCUCCCUCAGCCGUCCCACCAACCCCCUCCGCCGCUCAAACCCCCACCAAACACGUGGCCUCACCUCAAAUCCCCGCCUGGGUCCAACCCGACCUCACCCGCCUCCUCCGCGUAGAACACAACCCGGGCUCCUUCACCAGCCGCUCCCUCUCCCUCGUCACACUGCCCCCCGGCGCCCUCUUCGCCCGCAUCACGACCCCAACCCCCACCACCACCGCCGCCUACUCCUCCGUCCAAGCCUCGCGCAACCUGCACAUCGAACUCAACUGCGACUUGCUCUACAUCAACCACAGCUGCAAGCCCAGUCUUGUAUUCGAUAUGCAGAGGUGGGAGGUAAGGGUUAGUGACAGGGAAGGCGGGUUGAAGCAGGGAGAUGAACUUACGUUUUUUUAUCCGAGUACCGAGUGGAGUAUGGCGCAGCCUUUUGAGUGUCAUUGUAAGGAGGAGGCGUGUAGGGGGGUUAUUAAGGGUGCGGGGGAGAUGGAGGAGGCGGCAUUGAGGGGGUAUUGGUUGAAUGGGCAUAUUGAGGAGAUGUUGGAGGAGAGGAGGGCGGGGAGGUGA